GGCCAAUCAGAGCAGUUCUUGGUUAAUGCUCAGCCAAUGGGCGGCCAGGAAGUUCACAGUGCAUCAGUGGGUGUGGUUACAGAACCGGAAGCGUCGGCGAAGAUUAUAACAAAGUUUUAAGAAUGGCAGACAAAGUUGUGGAUCGCGGACCAUGGACCGGAUGUGCUGUUCUGUUUCUGCAGUCACUUUGUCCCAAUGUGAACUUGCUUUCUCUUUUCAAAGAACAAGGAGGGAAAUUUAUCAUUUUUAAAGUCAUCAAGCUGACACUCACUGACUCUGCAGGAGGACUUCGGGGCUAUGAAAUACUGAAGGUCCAUGACGCUGAUCCCUUUCUGGGUGUGGAACUGAAGUUUGUGGAUGUGGCAGCUUGUCAGCAGUUCCUGGAGAGUUACAGCUCUGGAGCUGUGAGCCAGUCUCUUUCACAACACGCCUGUCGGCUUCUGUCCUUGUCCCAAGAGUUGAAAGUGGAGACCAAGCUAAAGGCCAGCACACACAACCUAGACCAGGAUCUGGACGAGCUGGAACUUUGCCUAGAGCGCAUUCACCUUUCACAGCCAGAGCGUCUGCGUGAUGAGGAAAUAGAUCAUCUGGAGCAGCAACUGCGGCGUCAGGCUCUUGGUCCUGCUCAGCAGUUACCAAUCAUUGUACAAGAAGAGCCUCCUCUCCCCAGCAACUGCUUCAAGUUUCAGAAUAAAGUGUUUGAGGACCGAAUGCUUACAGCAGCAGAUGUUCAGAGCUUUUCUAAUGCAGUGGGCCGACAGUGGAAACACGUAGGGAGGGCACUGGGGAAGAGCUGCUGCGCUUUGAAAGGCCAGGCCAUAGACAACCUGGCCUACGAGUACGAGAGGGAAGGGCUGUACGAGCAAGCCUAUCAGCUCCUCAGCCGAUUCAUCCAGGCAGAGGGCAGAGCAGCCAAGCUGAGCCGACUCAUCAAAGCACUGGAGGACUGCAAACUGACCAGUCUGGCUGAAAACAUUCUGGACAUAUAGGCAUGAGCUGAAGACAUAAAUAUGUUUCUGUUGGUCCAGGUUCAUGUACAAGUCGUGAAAAGGAUAUUUUUCACAUUCCAAAUCAUUCUUGUGUGUGUGUGUGUCCAUGUGUGGGCAUGUGUGUUUGCAUGUGUGUGCAUGAGAAAUCAGUGAUUAAUAUCUUGUUUUACUUUGCAGUUGUCAUUAUUGAUAAUGUGUUUUUCUAUGUAGGUAAAAUGAUCUGUCAUCACUGUUAUAGAAUAUGUUUAAUGCACUGUAUAACUUGUUUUUAUCACUUUACUUUUUGAUUUUAGCCCUUAUACUUCAAGGUGGAUUUUGGUAUUGUAACCAAAGUUGUGAUACAGAAGUGGACAUGCAGUUUUAAAGUAAUGUAAGAUUUUAGUAAAUCAGGCAUCAAAAACCCCUUUCCUGCAGAGGUUUAUGGAUCCAAAUUACACUGUUUACUAUAGAACAUAUAGUAUCAGUUUGUAAAUACUGUAAUGAUCCAAGGUAGAGGACAAAUGACAAAAAAGAUGACACAUACAGCAUAUGACUCAAACAGAAUCUAAAUGUUGAUUGAAGUUAUCAACCAACUGACACUUUAUUCUAAACAGAUGUUACUACAGACACCAGCAGAGCACAGACAAUCUAGUUCCUCAGCUUCAGUUAUCCAAUCUGAUGUCUAAGUCCACGUCCUAUUUACUGUCUAUGAUUGUGGCUAAUGGCCCAAAUAAUGAUGUUAAAGAUGUUUUUUUAUAUAAAGUGGGUACAUUCAAAUUAAAUGGCUGUGAACCAAAA